AGAAUUCUCAGGUGGCCAAUGCAAGGUUUCAGGCUGCUGCUGCAAUUCGAAAUGCAGCUUUAAGAGAAUGGGGAUUCCUCACAAUUGAUGAGAAAAGGGGCUUGAUUAGUUUUUGUUUGUGCUUUGUGAUGCAACAUGCUAAUUCACCCGAGGGCUAUGUCCAAUCAAAAGUUGCUUCUGUGGCUGCUCAGUUGAUGAAAAGGGGCUGCAAUGUUGCAGGGGCUAAGGAAGCUCUCACAUCUUUUGAUGGUUGCAAUGUGUACAUAUUGAAUUAG